CCCUUUUGUUCUUUUUGCAUCACCAUUUUUUCGCACCAUUUCGCACACACUUUCGAAAUUUUUCGUCCACCCAAAAAUUCCCACACGGCAUGGCGCUAGUGCUACGGUUUUGCCACGGCCAGCUUGCGAAGCUUCAUCAACUCCUGCUGCGAAAGCAUCAAAGAUUGCUGUUUACCUCGCUGCUGAUUGGUUUGACCACCGGAACCGCGCACUGGCAAUCCGUACGCCAUCCGACCCUGAUGGAUCAUUUCCACGAAAAUUUACGCACCUUUCCGUGGGAAAUUUCGUUCGGUGCCUUCGCGCUCCUGUCAAUCGGAACCCUUCUGUCGUACGGCCUCUACCGGCACCAUCUUUGUGGCAAGGAACGCCGAGUGAGGGCAGCGAUUCGGCAACGAUACAUCGACUACAUUGUGCUUUGUCUGAUGGUAAGCGUAGCUAAUGCUGCCCGGCAACAUUUGCACUGCCCCGCCAAGGAAGGGCUCGGACUGCAGCAGCUGGAAGAGUAUCGGCGUGACAUCGAGGUCGCCAUCGCACGCUUUCGGGCCGGUGCGAGAAAACUGUUCCAGGAACCACCCUCAACGUUCGCCAAUUCGAACUCCUUCCUCGAACGGUACUUCCGGCUGGAUGACGAACGAUUCGGAGAGGAGAUCCUGGCACUGAAACGAGACGCAGGAUCACUGAUGAACGUGCCGGCCAUCAAAGGAUUGCUAAACCGGUAAGCUUCAAACGGGACGGGAAGCUUUCGUGUUCCGAAGAAAGAAGAAUCAUCCCCGACUAUCCUUAAUGCGCUGCACCGGCAUAAAACCUGGACUCGAAUCAAUUAACAGAUUAUCAAAUAAGCUUGCUGGAUGUUUGAUUUAUGUCGUAGCAGAUUUGCUGCCGUUUCGAACCUUUUUGGAGCAAUCGUGUUUUGGCUGAUCCCGGCAACCGUCGGAUGCAGUUUUGUACGAACGCUUUCAUCUGGAUUAGAAUCAAAUGGUCAUUCUAAGGAACAGAAGAAAAAAGGCCUCCUGUUUUGUCUAAUAGAAAUGUGAGCCGAAUGCACCAGUAACUGUUGGGCGUGGGAUGAAGUUAGAAAGGAACAAUUAAACGACCACCCGUAUCUGUAUCUGUUUGAGAAGUGUCAAUUCGAUUGAUUGAAAACUUAAAUACAAAGCGAUAAGAGAGCAAUAUUUGAAA